UGCUUCGCAUGUAUACAUCCGGUAAUAUAUCUAUCUCAUUGUUCUAUCUGUGGUUACAGCUAAACCCCGAAAUAAAGACAAGAUGGCAGGACUGCCCCGCAGGAUUAUUAAGGAGACUCAGCGCUUGAUGGCUGAGCCUGUCCCAGGCAUUAAGGCAGAGCCUGACGAAGGGAACGCCCGCUACUUCCAUGUGGUCAUCGCCGGGCCCCAGGACUCACCCUUCGAAGGUGGCACGUUUAAACUUGAACUCUUUCUCCCCGAGGAAUACCCCAUGGCAGCUCCAAAAGUACGCUUUAUGACCAAAAUAUACCACCCCAACGUAGACAAGCUAGGAAGAAUAUGUCUAGACAUCUUGAAAGAUAAAUGGUCUCCAGCCUUGCAGAUCCGUACUGUCCUGCUAUCAAUCCAGGCAUUACUAAGUGCUCCCAACCCUGAUGAUCCUCUAGCGAAUGAUGUUGCGGAGCAGUGGAAGUCCAAUGAAGCUCAAGCCAUAGAGACGGCCCGGACAUGGACCAGGCUUUACGCUCAAAACAACAUAGAAGUGUAGAAAACGUAAAACAAGCGGAAAGAAACUGAGCGGGAAGUCAGUGUGAGAACACACUCCUUAUUUCUGCCAAGACCUCUUCUUCUUCCUACUUCAUUUGCAUUUUAAGGACACUGUCUUGGAGGGAAAAAAAGGUAUUAUUAUAAUAAAGUAAACAUUUAAGGAAUAUAUAUAAAAAGGGGGAAAAGACAAGUAAAUUGGUGAUUUUAAAUGCACAUACGAGAAGAAAAAAAACGUAACUUGUCGUUUUUGUCCUAACUCACUACUGUUCAGAUGCAUGGGCAGCCAGGGUUGAGAUCUAACUCACUACUGUUCAGAUGCAUGGGCAGCCAGGGUUGAGAUCUAACUCACCACCUGGCUUUAUUUUCCAUUGAUUUGGGAGGAAACUGCCAACCUCUGCUUUUAACUAGCUUCGUACAGAAAAUUUAAAAAACGAAGUGUUUGUCUGUCCCAUGUUUUAUUCGGAGGGGGUGGGUUGGAGGGAGACAGUCUGGGUUCUUGUCCAAGAUGGCCAAACUUUAAAAAACGUUUCUUUUAACUUUGUUUUCUCUUGUGAUGCUGGUUGUUUAUGGAAAUCCGCUGAUUAGCCCCAUGUAGUAGACACACCCUUUGAGACAGGCUAUUGUUGGACUCAUUACCCUGUUGAAGGCCAAGCCGCAAAACAAAAUCAACAUAGCGCCUGCUAAACCACUUUAACAUGAAAUACAAAGUAAUGAUAUAACGACUAAACAAUGAAUCUGAGCCUGCCACCAUCACAUUUAACUGUUGCAACCGCUGUCCGUGUAGAGACCCUAAGGUAGUCUUGUGGCGGAGGGAGGGCAGUAUGGAGUGGGAUAGGGGUGGCGGGACAGGAAUUCCAUAACUUCUGUAUUAGGAAUAUAUUGUUUUUCUCGUCUCUCCUUUUUAUUUGAUAUGGAUGUUUUCCUGACAUCGGACUACAUGGCUCUUUUAGCUUCUUGUUCUUCCUGUUUGUCACAAUCUAAUGCUACAAGACACAACGGUUUACUUCCUUCCCAUGGCAUUAAUUUCCGAAAAGUGUAAUGAGUUGUAAGUUCUGCAGUGUGUGUGUGUGUGUGUGUGUGUUAGGGGUAAUUUUGCUCGAGGAGGUUGGGGGGAGGUAAGGUUAGGGGUAAUGGGGGAAUCGCAGGAACUAACUCCAAGAGAUCAAUGAAGGCUUUUGUCUCAACUGUCAAUAUUGGUAUUUGGUUUGAAAAGUCUGUAUUCAAUUCACUGUUUGUAAAUUCAUUAUUUCUAUUGAACUGGAGGGGGGCACGUUUUCCUGUUCUCCAAAUGGUAGGAAAACAGUCCACCUGCAUUUUUUUUCUGUAAAUAAAAUCUGUUGAUUUAA